UCCCAGAUGUCAUAAAUUGAGGACUGCGGCGAGCCCAAAAUUGUGUUUUAAAAUAACAUAAAAAUAUUAUAAAACCAUGUCUUACAAAACAGAUUUGAAGCAAUUAAUAAAACCAUAUUACUGGUUUAACAUCCUGUUAAGUUUAUCUUACGUUACGUGUAAGCGUACGGGUUAUAUUUGUAACUUUUUAUUUCCAAGUGCCGACUGUGAGCUAGACAGCAGAGAAACGGAAAUCCUAUUUUUCUUGAUUAUAGUCGUAAUGUUAAGGACUAGGAAGGCGGGAAGCGUGACCAUGGUGAAUUAUCUUUCGUCUUCAUUUGUUUAUACGAAGAUUGCAAACUUAAUUCUAUGGUUUUAUGCUGAUAUUAGAUACGGUCUUCCAUAUGGAGCCAUCCUCAUUCUAUCAGCUCUCCUACUCCCAGAACCAACGUACAUGGGCCCAGAACACGUCACCUACUUCCGAGGCCCUCAAGUCUUAGAAGACGAGCUCAAACACCACAAGAAUACUACGUGGAUAGUCUGCCUGUAUGCGGCUUGGCAUCCAGCUUGCGUUAACUUUGCACCGGUGUUUGCGGAGCUGUCGGCGAGUUAUGGGCUGGAUAACUUAAAGUUUGGGAAGCUUGAUGUUGGAAGAUACCCAGAAUCAGCCACAAAGUACCGAGUACAGGACGGUCCGACCAGUAGACAGCUGCCCACCGUGCUGGUCCUGGCAGACGGACAGGAGAAGAUGAGGAGGCCACAGGCUGACCACACUGGGAAGCUGCAGAAAUUCCUUUUCUCAAAAGACAACGUAAAAGCAGCAUUUGACCUCGACGGCAUUUAUCAAGAAUGCAAGAAGAUAUUAGCGAACGCUAAGAAUGUUAAAAAAGAUGAGUAG